AUGGCACCAAGAACAACUUUUUUUGCCCAUGUUCGACAAUCCAUGAUCCCAAACGCCCUGCGAUCAUACCUUGCAGAGUUUAUCUCCACUUUCAUCUAUGUUUUGGCUGCUGCCGGAUCCGCCAUGGCAUCUCGAAAAAUAAUGCCAGAUGCAAGAUCAGAUCCCUCUAGCCUGGUGGUUGUAGCCAUAGCAAAUGCAUUUGGCCUAGCCUCCGCUGUUUAUAUCUCAAGUAGCGUUUCCGGUGGCCACAUCAAUCCGGCUGUCACGUUUGGGAAGGUUGUAGGGUGUCACAUUCCAAUUCCUACCGCCAUUUUCUAUUGGAUUUCCCAAAUUCUUGGUUCUGUCAUGGCUUGCCUUCUCCUUAAGACCGUCACUGUUAAUCAAAAUGUAGUGCCCCAUGCAAUAUCGGAAGAAAUGACCGGAUUCGGAGCAUCCGUUUUAGAAGGUGUACUCACAUUUGGAUUAGUCUACACUGUAUAUGCAGCCAAAGACCCAAGACAUGGUCAAUUGGGCUCCAUUGGACCCUUAGUCAUUGGGCUAAUCACAGGAGCAAAUGUGCUAGCUGCUGGUCCGUUUUCGGGUGGAUCAAUGAACCCGGCAUACUCAUUCGGGGUGGCUGCUGUUGGUGGGAGUUUCAAGAACCAAGCAGUCUAUUGGAUUGGACCUUUGCUUGGAGCCUCGGUUGCCGGUCUGUUGUAUGACAAUGUGGUUUACCCGCCUCAUGAUUUGGAUCCUCAACGGUGUGGCCAAGAGGGGCCUCGUGUUUGAAUGGGACUAGCUAGUUGUUUAUUUGACUUAAGAAUUUAUUUGGUAUUUGUAACCUUCGUCAAACUUAAGAUAAUCUCUAUUGGUAGUUCUUAGAUAGCCUAUUUUAGUGUGUGGUUUGUACUUAUAUAACAUCUUAAGAUUCUUAACAUGUAAUGGUUGUAUUCGGAGUAAGAUUGUGACGUUUAUGUACUUGUAUAACUUUUUAUAUAGACCUUUCUCUUUAUUUUAUUUACUUUGCGUUAUCUUAAUUUAG